UCGGAACCCGGCCACGAGAUUUCUGAUCAGGGUUGUUAAAAUGAGUCUGCGGAAGCAAACACCCAGUGACUUCCUGAAGCAAAUCUUCGGACGACCAGUUGUGGUAAAAUUAAAUUCUGGAGUGGAUUACCAAGGGGUCCUGGCUUGCCUGGAUGGCUACAUGAAUAUAGCCUUGGAGCAGACAGAGGAGUAUGUAAAUGGACAGCUGAAGAAUAAGUACGGGGAUGCAUUUAUCCGAGGAAACAAUGUGUUGUACAUAAGUACACAGAAGAGGAGGAUGUGAAGAUACCAAGAGUACCAUGCGUUUCAUACUUGGAUGUUUUUUAUUAAGUUUUUUAGUUCUUCUGUCAUAUAAUUUGUCCUAUUUUGUUAUAGUCGUUGAUUUUUCACUGACACAUGAGGAAUGAGAUAAAUGUAUAAAAUUGUGGAUUUAAUUGUAAAGAGUUCUUCCAUAUUUAAGCUGUAGUCGUUUUCUGUUACCUGUAUGUCAGUGAGCAGAAAGCAAAAAGAAUUUGUAGAAAAGAGAAAAUCUUUUUCUCCCUACAUGAUUUGUAACUGAAGUUUCAGACAAUGCUGUUUGAUUUGACUGCUGUACUUGCCAAACUGAAAUGAUGGACGUGAGAAUGAUUAAAACACUGUGGAGAUAAAAAAAAAAAACAAAAAACUAAUACAGCAAAUAACAAGGAAACAAAAAAAAAAAUGAAAGUAUAAAAUGAUAGAAGUGAGGUCAAAUGUAUUAUUACCUUAAGUGUGAAUGGCUUAAUCAUUUCUAUUAAAAGAUGAAGAAACAUGGAUUGGGCAAAAACUAAUUCUAAACAUAUGCUGUUUUAAACAAAAUGGGACAGAAAGGAGGGGAAAAAAGAGUAUAGAUAUGCCAGGAAAAUGUAAACCAAAGAUAGAAGGGUGAGCAGUAUUAGACAUGGUAGAAUUUAAUGUAGGAAACAUGGAGCGAUGUAUUAAA